UUCCCUUGCCCCUACCUGCUGACGUGGCGCAGUCCCAUCUCAGGCGCUCUCGGUUGUGUUGUCCUCGUGCAAGACGACUGGCUUUAUAGACGACCCCUUCUCUCACUCUCAACCUCUGGAACUCGCUCGCUCAGCUUCCAUCUCGCCGAUCGAUCCGGCUAACUACGCCAGUAUCUGCCGGACGCGAAUCAGGGAUCCAUUCGAGAGGAAGAAGAGGCAAACGGCAGGGCUACUUCGCCUUCCUCCGGCCGCUUGCGUUGUGGAUCGCAUUCCUCGCGUCACGCUUUGCAUAUUUUUUUUCACUGUCUAUAGCUGCUUCUGCUUCGUUUUCUUUUGUUUUUGUUCGGGAUGAUGACGUUCGCUCUGGUCGGAACGCGUUUCCCUGCACUCCGCACCUCGCCGAUAAAUGCGCGAUCCGGAUCGAGGAGCCUGCGGAGGGGCAGCAGCGUGCGCCUCGAUUACGUCCGUAGGAAUCCGACCACAAAGGCGCGGAUAUCUGGUACUUCUCAUGAUAUUGACCCUGUAUCUUCAACUGUUGCUGCAAUGGGCAAAGUGCUAGUUCUGGCUGCUGAAAGUGAUGACUCGUCAUCUUCCACCGACACAUCUUCAAACAUAGAAGCUAUAUCGAGUGGUCUAGAGUUGUUACCAGAAACAACUGACCUAGUAAGUGAGGAGAAGGUUGACCCUGAAGAAGAGCAAACAAUAGUCGCUCCUCAUAUCAUUAGUGAAGUUAGUAACGAUGAAGAAAAUGUUGAGGUUGAAGGACAACCAAAGUCUAUUCCUCCUCCUGGUUCUGGUCAAAGGAUCUAUGAAAUUGAUCCAACUUUAAGGGGUUUCAGUGGACAUCUUGAUUACCGAUAUAGCCAUUACAAGAAAAUGCGCGAGAUGAUUGACCAAAAUGAAGGUGGUCUAGAUAAAUUUUCCUGUGGCUAUGAAAAAUUUGGCUUUCAGCGCAGCAAGAAUGGCAUCACUUAUCGGGAAUGGGCUCCUGGAGCAGAGUGGGCAACACUCAUAGGAGACUUCAACAACUGGAACCCCCAUGCGAAUGUCAUGACCAAGAAUGAAUAUGGCGUUUGGGAGGUCUUUGUACCAAAUAAUGCAUAUGGCUCUCCGCCUAUUCCACAUGGCUCACGGGUAAAGAUACGCAUGGAUACUCCCUCUGGCAUCAAGGAUUCAAUUCCUGCUUGGAUCAAGUUUUCUGUACAGGCACCACAUGAAAUUCCAUAUAAUGGAAUAUACUAUGAUCCACCUGAAGAGGAAAGAUAUGUAUUCAAACAUCCUCUGCCGAAAGCCCCAAAGUCCUUGCGUAUUUAUGAAUCACAUGUUGGAAUGAGUAGUCCGGAGGGCAAGAUUAAUACAUAUGUCAGCUUUAGGGAUGAUGUUUUGCCACGAAUCAAAAGGCUCGGGUACAAUGCUGUUCAGAUAAUGGCCAUUCAAGAACACUCAAAUUAUGCUAGCUUUGGGUAUCAUGUUACUAACUUUUUUGCGCCGAGCAGCCGCUUUGGCACCCCAGAUGAGCUUAAGUCCUUGAUUGAUAGAGCCCAUGAGCUAGGUCUUCUUGUUCUCAUGGAUAUUGUUCACAGCCAUGCAAGCAACAAUGUACUUGAUGGGCUUAAUCAAUUCGAUGGUACCGAUUCACACUAUUUCCAUUCUGGAUCACGAGGCUUUCAUUGGAUUUGGGAUUCUCGCCUUUUUAACUAUGGGUGUUGGGAAGUCUUAAGAUUUCUCUUAUCCAAUGCAAGAUGGUGGCUAGAAGAAUACAAGUUUGAUGGGUUCAGAUUUGAUGGUGUAACCUCAAUGAUGUACACUCAUCAUGGACUUGGGGUGGGAUUUACUGGAAAUUACAAUGAAUACUUUGGAUAUGCUGCUGAUGUGGAUGCGGUGGUCUAUUUGAUGUUGGUAAACGAUAUGAUCCAUGCACUUUUUCCAGAGGCUGUUACUAUUGGAGAAGAUGUCAGUGGAAUGCCAACCUUCUGCAUACCUGUAGAAGACGGUGGUGUAGGAUUUGAUUAUCGUCUUCAUAUGGCUAUUCCGGAUAAAUGGAUUGAAUUUAUGGAGUUAAAGGAUGAAGACUGGAAGAUGGGCGACAUUGUUCACACUCUCACCAACAGGAGGUGGCUAGAGAAAUGUGUGGCUUAUGCUGAAAGCCAUGACCAAGCUCUUGUUGGUGAUAAGACACUUGCAUUUUGGCUGAUGGACAAGGAUAUGUAUGGGUUUAUGGCACUGGAUAGACCAUCAACCCCAAGGAUUGAUCGUGGAAUAGCUCUACACAAAAUGAUUAGACUACUCACAAUGGGUUUAGGUGGUGAAGGAUAUCUGAAUUUCAUGGGAAAUGAGUUUGGGCAUCCAGAAUGGAUUGAUUUUCCUAGAGGCGAGCAACAUCUUCCAAAUGGAGUGAUAGUGCCUGGGAACAAUUUUAGUUUUGACAAAUGCCGUCGUAUGUUUGAUCUAGGUGAUGCAGAAUAUCUCAGGUAUCGAGGAAUGCAAGAAUUUGAUCAAGCAAUGCAACAUCUUGAGGAGAAAUAUGAGUUCAUGACAUCAGAGCACCAAUAUAUUUCUCGAAAAGAUGAGGGAGAUAAGAUGAUUGUUUUUGAACGAGGUGAUUUGGUAUUUGUUUUCAAUUUUCAUUGGACCAACAGCUAUGUCAACUACCGCGUUGGUUGCUUAAAAUCUGGAAAAUAUAAGGUGGUUUUGGAUUCUGAUGAUAAACUAUUUGGCGGAUUCGACCGAAUUGAUCACACGGCACAAUACUUUUCUAAGGAAGGUAGACAUGACAACAGGCCUUGGUCCUUCUCAGUUUAUGCACCAAGUAGAACCGUAAUAGUUUAUGCUCUUGAUGAGGACUGACUGAAGAUUGCCAGGCAAUGAAGUUACUUCACAAAGUCAGACACCUGCAUUACCUACGCCUCCCUGUGCACUUAAAAGGUCAUAAUACUAAAGGAACCUCUUGUUCUCCAUGUGAUUGUAGCUAUUUGCUCGUCUUGGAUUCUAUUAUCUCUCCCUUUAAACUUCUAUAAAUCUAUUCUACGCUUUUUGUCCCAUUUUAACAUGUAAAAUAAAAAUAAACAGAGCCACUGACUUGAAACGAGGACAAAAUUUUCUUUCACUGUUAGGAUGAAUUUCCUAA